AUUUCAGAAGCUGAGAGUCUGAGCAGCCGGGUGGCUCUGGGCUGUAGUCCCCAUGGCUCCUGCAUGUUCAGCCGUCCCCCUCUCUCUGUGCCUGUGUCUGCUGCUGGCAGCUGGCUUUGCCCAGGCAGGCAGGCUGCUGGUGAUGCCCAUGGAUGGGAGCCACUGGUUCACCAUGCGCUUGGUGGUGGAGAAACUCGUCCAGAGAGGGCAUGAGGUGGUUGUGGUCAUACCGGAUGAGAGUUGGCAACUGGGAAAAUCACAGGAUUUGAAAGUAAAGACUUACUCAGCUUCAUUCACUCUGGAGGAGUUGGACCAGGAAUUCAAGAUUUUUGCUGAUGGUGUAUGGGAACGUAGGGAAGCAAAUUUAUUUCAUUCCUGGAUUAUUAGCAAGAAAGGUUUUGACAUGUGGUUUUCACACUGUAGAAGUUUGUUCAACAACAAGACCUUAGUGGAAUACUUAAAGGAAAGUCACUUUGAUGCAGUAUUUCUGGAUCCUUUUGACUUAUGUGGCUUAACUGUUGCCAAGUACUUUUCACUCCCCUCUGUGAUCCUCACCAGAGAAUCAUACUGUCAGAGUCGGGAAGAGGGUACACAGUGCCCAGUUGCUCUGUCUUACGUUCCCAGAUUUCUCUCAGGGUUCUCAGAUGCCAUGACUUUCAAAGAGAGAGUACAGAACCAUAUUGCCCGCCUCAUGGAGCAUUUAAUUUGUCCUUAUUUUUUGAAUGAAGCUUUAGCAAUUGCCUCUGAAAUUCUACAAACACCUGUCACUGCAUCUGAUCUCUACAGCCAGACAGCAAUUUGGUUGUUACGUACGGACUUUGUCUUUGACUAUCCCAAACCUGUGAUGCCCAACAUGGUCUUCGUUGGUGGAAUCAACUGCCAUCAGGGGACCCCCUUGCCCAAGGUAUGUUCUUUCUCCUCUGGCACAUUACCAAUAAUCUGGCUUUCAAAAUUAAAAAAAGUUAGCCAGCUGAAUUGUGAUUUGUUAUGUAUUCAUUAUGAUUCUGGGGAUUGA